GCCCAUCUGUCAAAACACUUUUAUAGAGCGAGACUGGCAGCUUUACAGACUGAAGCUGAUUAUUGAUCACUGAUUGGAUUUCUUUGCUUUCCAUGCCACUGGAGCUACUGUCUGAUCGUGGACGAGCGAGCUGGUGGCCAGCAUCUCCCUCUCUUUCUCUCUCUCUGUCCUCUUUCCUCACCCUCCCAUCAUCUGUCUCUUUUUUUACUCUCUAGAGAGGGGUAACCCAGAUUUCAAAAAUGAAUUGCUGCCUAUUUCUCUUCAUCUACUCCCUCCUUUUCCCUUCUCUCUCUCUCUCUCUCUCUCUGUCUCUCUCUGUCUCUCUCUCUCUCACUUCAUCCCCUCUUUCUGUUGGUAAAAACAGAAUCAAUCUUGGAAAGUGAAAAUCGCCUCUUCCUCACCCCCUCUAUACUCUCAAUUGGAUAAAGGAAUAUACGGCCAUUCACUCCUCCUUCUCUCUUUCCUGGAAAGCUGCUGUAUCACUCUUCCCUUCAUUCUUAAUUUCCUUUUUGGGGUUUGAUUCUUUCUUUUUUUUUUCAGGUGCGUUUCCUCUCUUGUAGACCUUCUGUUCGGUGAGGUUGUCUCUUUUUUUUCUCUUACUUUUUAUGAGCCAAGGAUUGAUCGCGUAGAAUAAAAGAGUCUUAAGAAGAAGUGGGAGGAAGAGGAGAAACCAUACUGCCACAUUUAGACGUUUUUCUUCUUAUUUAUUCUCCCCCUGUUAUAAAUCCUCUUGUUGUUCUUUCACCUCUUGGUUGCAUAAACCGUCCAUCCCUCUCCCAGUCUUGUUUUCCGUGUCUUGCUCUGUCCAACUGGUAGCAUGUCUACCCCGGUCUCUCCAUCUCCAUCUCUGUCUCCCCUGGCCCUGUCCUCCCCAUCUCCCUCCUCCUCCCCGCUCCCCUCUCCUCUUUCUCCUCCCCCCAGGCUUCCAGUCUUCCAGAGAAAGGGAGCUCUCAAGCACAAGAGGGUCAUUGAAGUGAAGGACCACCAGUUCACUGCCCGAUUCUUCAAGCAGCCCACUUUCUGCAGCCACUGCACUGACUUCAUCUGGGGAAUUGGAAAGCAAGGAUUCCAGUGUCAAGUGUGCAGUUUCGUGGUGCACAAACGCUGCCAUGAGUUCGUCACUUUUACUUGUCCAGGAGCCAUCACUGCUCCCAAAGCUGAGGACCUCAAGAGCAAACACAAGUUUAAAGUACAUACAUACGCCAGUCCCACCUUCUGUGAUCACUGUGGGUCUCUGCUCUACGGCCUCAUACAUCAGGGCAUGAAAUGUGCCAGUUGUGACAUGAAUGUACACAAGCGUUGUGAGAGCAGCGUCCCCAGCUUGUGCGGACAGGACCACACUGAGAAAAGGGGGCGGAUUCGUCUGACCGUGCGUGGAGAGAAGGAAGACAUAUAUGUCACAGUGCAUGAGGCACGUAACCUGAUACCCAUGGACCCUAACGGCCUAUCGGAUCCUUAUGUGAAGCUCAAACUCAUCCCUGAUCCAAAGAGCCAGAGCAAACAGAAAACCAAAACCAUCCGUUCUACACUCAACCCCAUCUUCAAUGAGAGCUUCACCUUUUCAGUGCGUGGGAGGCAGUGGGACAGGCGUUUGUCUGUAGAGGUCUGGGACUGGGAUCGGACCUCAAGGAAUGACUUCAUGGGCGCUCUGUCGUUCGGCGUUAGUGAGAUAUUCAGACGUUCCGUCAGCGGCUGGUUCAAACUACUCAACCAGGAUGAGGGAGAGUAUUAUAACAUCCCUGUACCCGACCCAGACCUGCAGGUACCAGAUGCUGCUAUCCCACCCUCUAUUCCUCCUGCUACUGUUACCGUGACAACGCCUGUUCCUGCUGUGACCCCGCCUGCUCUGAGUCCGACUCCCACUGUACUGCACACGGGCAAAGGCCAAGUCGGACUGCACGAUUUCAACUUCCUCAUGGUUCUGGGCAAAGGGAGUUUUGGCAAGGUUCUGUUGGCAGAGGAGAGGGGCAGUGAGCGCUUGUUUGCGGUGAAGGUGUUGAAGAAAGAUGUGCUGUUUCAGGAUGAGGACACGGAGAGCGCCAUGGUGGAGAGAAGAGUGCUGGGCCUUGCCGGGCGACCUCACUUCCUGACAUCCCUCUACUGCGCCUUUCAGACCGAGGAUCGUCUGUAUUAUGUCAUGGAAUAUGUGAAUGGUGGUGAUCUUAUGUUUCACAUCCAAAUUGUUGGCAAGUUUAAAGAACCACAUGCAGCGUUCUAUGCAGCUGAGAUAGCGGUGGGUCUGUUCUUCCUGCACAACAAAGGCAUCAUAUACAGAGAUCUAAAGCUGGACAAUGUCCUGCUGGACAGUGAAGGACACAUAAAGAUAGCAGACUUUGGGAUGUGUAGGGAAGGCAUGAUGGAAGGGGACACCACUCGCACCUUCUGUGGCACACCCGAUUACAUCGCACCUGAGAUUGUGGCGUAUCAGCCGUAUGGUAAAGCAGUGGACUGGUGGUCGUAUGGAGUCCUCCUUUAUGAGAUGCUGGCUGGGCAGCCUCCUUUUGAUGGCAUAGAUGAGGAGGAGCUGUUUCAGUCCAUCAUGGAACAGAGCGUUUCAUAUCCUAAGAGUCUCUCUCGGGAGGCUGUGGCCAUCUGCAAAGGGCUCCUCACCAAGAACCCUGCUAAGCGUUUGGGUGGAGGAGAGGAUGCAGAGACAGAGCUGCGGGAGCAUCCUUUUUUCCGCUGGAUAGACUGGGACCGGCUGGAGAGACUGGAGAUACAGCCUCCCUUCAAACCCAGAAGUGGAGGCAAAAAAGGAGAGAACUUUGAUAAGUUUUUCACAUCCGCCCCCUCUGCCCUCACGCCCUCUGAUCCGGAUGUUCUCGCUGCCAUAAGUCAAGAGGAAUUCCAAGGCUUCUCCUACAUAAACCUGGAAUUUCACCCUCACCCCUCACAGCUGUCUGAGGAAACCUUAAUGGAUCCUCAUCAACCAUCUUGUGACUUUUUUCUGCUCCUGUUCAUGAUUUAAACUACAGUUACCAAAAAAAAAAUCAUUGUGUAAUCUGGCUUUAGUUUGCUUACAAUAGGAGUCUGUCUCAAUUAGACCGAACAUUACCUUCUAAAACAACACUACACUGAUUUUAAUGAUCUUUACAGUAAAAAAACAACAACUAAGCAUUAAUAAUAUUUAGCCAGUCCACUCUGAGAGCAUCAGCCUGAAUUAUUUAAGGGUCACGCAUUCAUGCCAUUAUCUCAUUGGACAAUAGGAUCUUAUUGGAUAUCCUUUUGGAUGCUACUAGUAGUCGCCAUGACCUAAUUAUAACUGACUGCACCAUAGAAACCAGCAUGAACAUGAUUUCCCCCAUGUUUUAAAGUUCACUUCAAGCUGAUUAUUUAAUCUCCGAUCAAACUCAGUCUUUGUGUGAGAUCCUGUUUGCUCUGGUUCGGUUUAGUUAACCAAAUAAGUGUAGACAGGUGAGCAAACACUGGUCAUCCUUUUAGCAUCUGACAACUGGUAUAGAAGCUCAGUAUUAUGAUUUAGAAGUCACACACAUGACAGCUAGAUGCAAAAAAUGAUUAAUGCUUCAGCAUAUAAACUACUUGUUUGUGACAUGAAUGUUACUGUAUAUGUAGAUGCAUCAAAAUUCAAUCCAAAUAUGAUUCUAUACAGAUUAUAAAUGUUUGCAUCAUCUUAGUAUUUUACAAAAAUAAGUUAUUGGGAUCCUUGUUCCCAUGUUAUUGAAACAAAUGACUUUAUUAAAAAUGCUAAUUUAGAUAUUUAUGAUUUAUUCCAUAUAUUUAUAUGCAUAUCUAUAUAAAGUAUGUGCAGUGUAUUAUAAAGUAUACAUGUUAAUGUUUAUUCAGAAUAAAUAAUAGAAAUUUUCUAUGAACAUCAUUUUUACAUCAGCAUAAAAUAAAAAUGACUAUGUCAUCAUAAUGUUUUGAACCUCUAGUGUCAAGAAAAAGCAGCCCCAACUGUUACCAACCAAAUAUUUAUUUCAUUUAUUUACAGUGCAUAGUAUUAAUUAAACUUAAAGGGUUAGUUCACCCAAAAAUGAAAAUUCUGUCAUUAAUUACUCACCCUCAUGUCGUUCCACACCCGUAAGACCUUCGUUCAUCUUCAGAACACAAAUUAAGAUAUUUUUAAUAAAAUCUGAUGGCUCAGUGAGGCCUGCAUUGACAGCAAGAUAAUUAACACUUUCAAUGCCCAGAAAGCUACUAAAGACAUAUUUAAAACAGUUCAUGUGACUACAGUGGUUCAACCUUAUUGUUAUGAAGUGAUGAGAAUACUUUUUUGUGCACCAAAAAAACAAAAUAACGACUUUAUUCAACAAUAUCUAGUGAUGGGCGAUUUCAAAACAAUGCUUCAUGAAGCAUCGAAGCUUUGCGAAUCUUUAGUUUCGAAUCAGUGGUUCGGAGCGUGUAUCAAACUGCCAAAGUCACGUGAACCAUUGAAAUUUCAAAACUCUUAUGAUGUAACGAAGCCUUGUUUACUGAAAUCACGUGACUGUAGUCACAUGAACUGUUUUAAAUAUAACUUAGUAGCUUUCUGGGCAUUUGAAAAUGUAAAUUAACUUGGUUUCAAUGCAGGCCUCACUGAGCCAUGGGAUUUUAUCAAAAAUAUCUUAAUUUGUGUUCUGAAGAUGAACGAAGGUCUUACGGGUGUGAAACGACAUGAGGGUGAGUAAUUAAUGACAGAAUUUUCAUUUUUGGGUGAACUAACCCUUUAAGUGUUACUUAUUAUAUUGCCAAAAUGGUCUCAAAUCUGCCUUUGAAUUCUCGUGUUUAUGGAUGAAUUAAUUGGUGUUGUGUUUAUUUGGUUGAAGCUGGUACUAUAUGAAUAUGGUCACUAUGAGGUCUCAGAGAUCAGCAUGAACUUGUCUUGCAUAGUGAAAUUCAUGAUGUCUGACCUGGAAAGAUCUGCGGCUGCACACUGUGCCCAAAAUGCCCAACUAAAACAACUUGAACGUUGCACUGACGUCAAAAUACUGCCAACAGAAAAGUAGGACGUGGGAAAGAUAGGAGAGGAGGAGUGACAGGUUAGGUGAAAGCAGAUGUGUGAAGGUAUGAUGAAGAUAAUUGAAAUUAAUUUACUAAUUAAAAAACAUACUUUUCGGUAUCAUGUCCAUUAUCCCUGGAAUUUGUAACAAGGCAAAAUUUACUGAUUACUGCCUGGUCAUGGUCAGAUUUCCCCAGCCUUUUAUUUUAUCACAGGGUUGCUGAUCUUGUGGUUUUGUAAAUGGGAUACUUUGUAAACCAGGGUGCUCCUGGAGAUAUACUGUACAUUUCUGCAGAUUUAGUUCCAUUUACCUCACACCUGCCUGUUACUUUCUGUUGAAUCCAACCACUUAGCAGCGGUGUUUGAUUUGGGGUUGGAACUAAACUUUGUAGCAAAGUAGAUCUACGCAAACAAACAUUAGAUUAAAAAUGCUUAAAUAUUAAUGUACUGAUUAGUGAAAAUUCUAUGUAUUGAUGUAAUUACACUGUUUACAAUGUCUGUAUGUGUUUCCAAUCACAAUAAACAGUUAAACCUCAGUAUCAAAACUGAUUUGAUUAAAUGCACAGAUAGAUAGAUAGAUAGAACCAUUGCACAAUAAUUUUGUAUUGAGUUGUUUUGUGUUUUCAAAGUGUGAAAAUAAAAUAUAUAUAGUAAACCUA